AUGCAGAAGUUCUCUAGUGAUGAAAGAAAGCAGAAAGCUGUGAAGUCCUGCCUGACGUGUCAAAGCUCUUACUGUGAUGAUCAUCUGGAGCUUCAUCUCAGAGUCCCACGUCUAAAGAAACACACACUGAUUGACGCUGUGGAAAAUCUGGAGGAUUAUAUAUGCCAGAAACACGAGAGACCUCUGGAGAUGUUCUGCAGAGAUGAUCAGACGUGUGUUUGUCUGUUCUGCACUGAAGGAGAACACAGGACUCACAACACUGUUCCUAUAGAGGAGGAGAGUCGAGAGAAGAAGCUGGUUCAGACACAGACAGAUGUUCAUCAGAUGAUCAGGACAGAAUGAAGAAGAUUCAAGAGAUCAAACACUCAGUAGAGCUGAGAAAAGUGAGAGGAAG